CGCAUGUCUCUCUUGACGCAGUCAGUCCGCUCGCUCAAUGCAGACGUGGUGACGUCAGGCGGAGUGGGUCAGCUGGCUCCUCCAUCUGAACAGCAGGGAGAGCCUCUCCCAUAGGGCGACAUCACCAUCAACGCCCGAGCCUGGCCAACAGCAUCGGCAGCGAGGGGGGCGGCGAGACAUGGGAGCAACGAUGACAUAGUGGCCGAUCGGGCGUCGGCGACGAUCGUGCGGUGGAUUAUUUAUUUGCCUAUUUAUUAAACGUAUUUAUUUCCCCCUGCCUGUAAUGGCUGGGAUCCAUGGCUGCGGCUUCUGAGAGGCAGGUGCAAUAUCAUCGACGAAGGCUGCUCGCUCCCCGGCAUGGACUCAGCCAGGGCCGAUCCACAGGCUGGCCCUCACAUCCACUGCGCCGCGGACCAGACGCCCUGUGCGGGGGGAGAGAAAUAGCCGAGCCGCUUCUGGGGGCGAUACGACGGGCGGCUGGUUGAGGAGGAGGAGGAGGAGGAGGGGGCCCUCUUCACAUCGAAAUAUUACAGCCACUAUUAUCGAUACCGAACUCAAGGUUACGCGCAAACAACAGCCGGCCUCCGUCCGGGAAAUCGGCGCUGCUGCAUGAUAAUGGCAUUGAGUGUUUUCUUUAUUUGAUAAAGGACUGACUGAAUGUCCCUGUUCCCUCUGCGCUGAGCGGAUCCCUACGCGGUGACAGUCUCGCCUUCGAGGCCCGAAACGCUGCUUGAGCGCAGCCUCCUCAUCUGCAUCCAGCUGCCAACAUGAUGGAGCUGCAGAUAGACGAGGUGGUCUACCAGGACGACUACGGCUCCGGCUCCGUGAUGUCGGAGCGGGUGUCGGGCCUGGCCAGCAGCAUCUACCGGGAGUUCGAGCGGCUGAUCCGCAGCUACGACGAGGAGGUGGUGAAGGAGCUGAUGCCGCUGGUGGUGAACGUGCUGGAGAACCUGGACGGGGUGCUGACCGAGAACCAGGAGCACGAGGUGGAGCUGGAGCUGCUGAAGGAGGACAACGAGCAGCUCAUCACCCAGUACGAGAGGGAGAAGGCGCUGCGCAAGCAGGCGGAGGAGAAAUUCAUUGAAUUUGAGGAUGCCUUGGAAGCUGAGAAGAAGGACCUGCAGGUACAGGUGGAGUUUCUGGAGCUGCAGGGGAAACAACUGGAGCUGAAGACCAAGAACUAUUCUGACCAGAUCACUAGGUUGGAGGAGCGAGAAUCCGACAUGAAGAAAGAGUACAAUGCUCUGCACCAGCGCCACACUGAGAUGAUUCAGACGUAUGUCGAGCACAUAGAGCGGUCCAAAAUGCAGCAGGCAGGGACCAACAGCCAAUCAGAAGGCACUGGCUGUGGACGAACUCAACGCCACACAUGGAGGAAAAGCAAAGCAGAGCGCCCGCCGUCGUUGAGCCUGUACCCCAGCGGCGAGGGCAUGGUACGUGGGGGUCUCGGGGGGGCUAGGAUGAUGCCCGGGAAAGACAUCUGGCAGGAGGAUGAAUCAGAGUCCGACUCAGUGGCAGCCACACCCAGCAGCACAGGAAGCAAGUCCAACACGCCCACCUCCUCCGUCCCCUCCGCCACCGUCACCCCCAUCAACGAGGGCUUCGUCCCAAACUCCGAGUUUGAUGCGACGCGCACUGGGAACCACAGGAAAAGUGCCAAGCGGCUCAGCCGGAAUAUGGAGGUGCAAGUUUCCCAGGAGACCAGGAAUGUCAGCAUCGGUAUGGGAAGCAGUGAUGAGUGGUCUGAGUUUCAGGAGAUCAUUGAUUCAACUCCUGAGCUGGACAUGUGUGUGGACCACCGUGUGUACGGAGGAGGAAACAGCCCCUCCCAGGGUAUAGUGAAUGAGGCCUUCGGCAUCAACACUGACUCUCUCUAUCACGAGAUCAAAGACGCCAAGUCGGACAUCAUCGGAGAUGUGGACGCAGGAGCCGAGCUGUUGGGCGAGUUCUCAGUCCGUGAUGAUUUCUUCGGAAUGGGCAAGGAGGUGGAGAACCUGCUGACAGAGAACAAACAGCUCCUAGAGACCAAAAAUGCCCUCAACAUUGUGAAAAAUGACCUUAUUGCCCAAGUGGACGAGCUGUCGGGGGUGCAGGAGGUGCUGAGGGAAGAGCUGGAGGCCGUGAGGCAGUCCAAGAACAAGGUGGACGCCAGAGUCAAGGAGCUGGAAGAAGAACUGAAGAGGUUAAGAGCAGAAGCUCUUGGUGCAUCGCGGGACUCCAAGGAUGAAGGAGGUGACGAUUUUUCAUCACCCAUGCAGGAUGGCGACAUGACCAUGACGCAACGGCGGCGAUUCACCCGCGUGGAGAUGGCCCGCGUGCUGAUGGAGAGGAACCAGUACAAAGAGAGACUCAUGGAGCUGCAGGAGGCCGUACGGUGGACAGAAAUGAUCAGGGCGUCCCGGGAGAGUCCUCAAAUCCAAGAGAAAAAGAAGUCUACCAUCUGGCAGUUCUUUGCACGUCUCUUCAGCUCAUCAGCCAGCCCGCCGCCCGUCAAGCGGCCGUACUACAGCGUCAACAUCCACUACAAGUCGCCCUCGCCGGCCGGUUUCUCUCAGCGCCGCAGCCAAACCAUGUGUCAGAUCUCCACCUCCAACCGCACGCUGGAGUUCUUCCCUGAAGAACUGGCCAGUAACGGUGUUGCGUCUCUCCUCAGUGACUCGGCACUCUUGGCCCGCCGAGAGCAGCGGCGCGAACAGUAUCGGCAGGUGCGCGAGCACAUGCGUCGUGACGACGGCAUCAUGCAGGCUUGUGGCUGGAGUGUGCCAUCUCGCUUCAAACAGACUGGAGCUCCGACGGAGAGCGCUCAGGACAGCCCGCUGAAGAGGCAACAGAUUACGAAUGAAAAAGAAGAUAAUCGCAUGAAGAAUGUUCCUGUCCCUGUGUACUGUCGACCUCUGGUAGAGAAGGACCCCAACAGGAAGCUGUGGUGUGCAGCGGGGGUGGACCUGACCGGGUGGAGGGGCGGCAGCCAGGAGUCGGCACCGGGCAAAGUGCCAACAGGCAGCAGCGAUCCCUUGCACGCUGAGGAAGAUGGAGCCGAGAAGAAGAGCCGUCACAACUCCCCAGAGAAGAGGAAGUCAAAGGAGCUCCAAGAAACAGACACCAUGAGCAGCCGAGUGUGGAUACUCACCAGCACCCACUCUGCCAGCAAGGUGGUCAUCAUCGACGCCAACCAGCCGGGCUCACUGGUCGACCAGUUCAACGUCUGCAACGCCCACGUGCUCUGCAUCUCCAGCGUGCCAGCUGCCAGUGAGAGCGACUAUCCAGCAGGAGAGAUCGUGUUGGAUUCCGGCGAUGGUGGUGCAGGGGGAGACGAGGACGCUGGUGGCGUGGAGGGCAUGUUGGCUGGUAUCACUCUCGUCGGCUGCGCCACCAACUGCAGCGUUGCCCGUAGCAACUGCUCCUCGCGCACCGACACCCCCAUUAUGGAUAAAGGACAAGCCCCCACUGCUCCCCCCAUGAAUGGGAAAAUUCACCCUGCACAGUCUGCUGAGGAAGCCACCGAGGCCACCGAGGUUCCUGAGUCAACAGCCAGCCACGCAGAAAUGGGAUCGGGACCUCCAGGACCGUUCACUGAGCACGUCUUCACUGAUCCCCAGCCUCGUCCAACAGACGCCUCUGACAGAGGUGCAGGUCAGUCCAAAGAGGAAACAUCUCAUCAUCCAGAGUCAGAAGAAGGAGGUGAAGAGGCCAAAAACUACACAAGCGUAGCCCCCACCAUGUGGCUCGGAGCCCAGAAUGGAUGGCUCUAUGUCCACUCAGCCGUUGGAAACUGGAAGAAGUGUCUCCACUCCAUCAAACUCAAAGACUCGGUGCUCAGCCUGGUGCAUGUGAAAGGACGUGUACUGGUUGCCCUCGCUGACGGGACACUCGCCAUUUUCCAUAGAUCAGAGGAUGGCCAGUGGGACUUGUCCAACUAUCAUCUAAUGGACCUUGGUCGGCCUCAUCACUCCAUUCGCUGCAUGGCCGUCGUCCACGAUAAAGUGUGGUGCGGCUACAAGAACAAGAUCCACGUCAUCCAGCCCAAGAGCAUGCAGAUAGAGAAGUCCUUCGACGCCCACCCCCGCAGAGAGAGCCAGGUGCGGCAGCUAGCGUGGAUCGGCGACGGCGUGUGGGUGUCGAUCCGGCUCGACUCCACCCUGCGUCUCUACCAUGCUCAUACACACCAGCACCUCCAGGACGUGGACAUUGAGCCAUACGUCAGCAAGAUGCUGGGUACCGGCAAGCUGGGCUUCUCUUUUGUGCGAAUCACGGCACUUCUUAUCGGUGGAAAUCGUCUUUGGGUAGGAACUGGAAACGGUGUGAUCAUCUCCAUCCCACUGACAGAGACGGUGGUCCUUCACCGGGGACAGCUCCUGGGUUUGAGGGCCAAUAAGGUGUCUCCAACAUCCUCCGGUGGAGUCAUCCACGUGUACGGCGAUGACGGCGGAUCCGAAAAGAGCAGCGGCAGCUUCAUCCCCUAUUGCUCGAUGGCACAGGCCCAGCUCUGUUUUCAUGGACACCGUGAUGCCGUCAAGUUCUUCGUCUCAGUGCCCGGCAAUGUUCUGGCCACCCUUAACGGCAGCGUGCUGGACAGUCCAUCAGAGGGUCAGGGCUCCACAGCGCCCCCGGAGACGGAGGCCCAGUGUGUUCACAACGUACUGGUGCUGAGUGGAGGAGAGGGCUACAUCGACUUCCGUAUUGGGGACGGAGAAGACGAUGAGACAGAGGAAGGAGAGAGCGGUGGGCCUCCGCAGAUGAAACCUGCUCUGAGCAAAGCUGAGCGGAGCCACAUCAUCGUCUGGCAGGUGUCCUACGUACCCGAGUGACGCCCCAUCACACCCACCACCUCCUCCUCCUGGCCCCACAAGCUUCCUGCCACCCGAACCUUGUAAUUAUCCCCGAUCAAGUUAAAGUUCUCCUGGCUCUCAAACGACCCCCCAAGCCGUGUAUGGUCCCCUGUAACUAUCCCCUCCUUCCCCAUCACCUUGUAACUUUAAUGCCUUGUAAGGAGCUCCUCUGAUCUAGUAAUCUGCCUGCCAUCCUGUCUGUCCCACUCCCACCCAGGGCAUUGUUAACCAUCUUCAGGAGCUGUGUAACCCAGCCUCAUAACUACCUCCCCUCCUCUGUAUCAAUCUUAUAUUCACCCUGUAAGCACACCGUAUCUCCUCCUAUAUAUAUAUAUAUCUCAACUACCCUGCAUCUGCCCCAGAGUUAGCCCUCCUCUUCCUCCAUUUAGUUUGUCAUCUGUGAAACCCUCACCUUACUGUUCCUGAAGCAAAGCCCAGAGCCCCAACGUGCUACAAUUGUACCAAAAAACAACAACAAAUCAGUCUGAUUUUCCAAACAACAGCCAAUCAGCAAUCCUUAACCAUUCAUGGCUUUAUAUGGAUCCUGGUUGAUAAUGGAUGCAGAUGUCAGGUGCUUGCUUAGACACCACACUUUUUUUGGCAUUAAGAUUGUGGCGAAUGGUUUAAAUCGUUGUCGGUUGAGAUAUGAAAAUAAGUCGUCAUGGAACCAACGGAAAGUAAAAAUUACUUCACAAUUCAGCUUAAAAGUCCGGGUUCUUGAAACCUUUACCUCAAAUAUUUCUCAUCCCAUCUUGCCUCUGUUUUAAAGUGUGCUGCUGAUUAAGGACGUGUUUUUCAUCAGAGUGAAGUCGGUGAGGUCAGAACAUGUCUACAUGCUUUGAAACAUGUGAUCGAGGUCGAGGGUCGAGUGCAACGUGUCAAGGGUUCGGUCCAGAACAAAUUUCUCUCAUCUGACUGGCUGUGGAUCGGACGGUUUGGUGUAAAGCAGGCGAACGGUGGCGUGUCGUCAUUAUGUGUACAGGGAUAAUUGUAAAUCUCCAGACACACCGAAGCCCAUCCUCUUUGUUCAGUAUGGAAGUUCAUGCAUUGAUCUCUAUCUGUGUGGAUUAAAUAUUAAACAUAUUUGUGUGCUGAAAAACAUUAA